AUGUUAAGAUGUUGUGUGUUUGCUGCUGCUGGUGACGGUAGUCAUGAUAAACAUGCUGAUACUGCUGAUGUUUCUGUUGCUAAAGAUGAAGAUGAAGAUGAAAAUGGUGAUGAUGGUGAUGAUGCUGAUGAUGAUGAUGAUGAUGAUGAUGAUGAUGAUGAUGAUGAUGCCAAUGUUACUACUGCUUAUGAUGAAGUGAUGAUAAAGUUGAAAAAGAUGUAA